AUGUGCAUCGUCCUCCUCACCACAGCACAUCCCGACUACUCCCUCAUCAUUCUCGACAACCGCGAUGAGUUCAUUGUCCGUCCAACCAGUCGCCCCCACUGGUGGUCAUCGCACAACCAGGAAGUCCUCUCCGCCCGAGAUCUCCAGCGAGCCGAGCAGGGAACAUGGAUGGGAAUCACCAAGACCGGCAACUUUGCCGUCUUGACCAAUUACCGAGAAACCGAUGCGGAACAACCGAUACAAGGAGCCAAGAGCAGAGGGGGGAUGGUGACGGCCUGGCUGGAAAGUAAGGACAGUGAAAGUACGGAGCAUUUUGUUCAUCGCACAUUGGAUGAGGAGGGAGUGGCGGGCAUUGGGGGGUUCUCGCUGUUGUUUGGGAAAUUGAGGAAAGAGAAGACGGGAGAGAAUGUUGAACCACUGGGGAUUAUCUCGAAUCGAUGUGAUACUUCAAGUGAUGUUCCAUGGAUAGGACAGAAGAGAGGAGAAGUUUACGGACUGAGCAAUACUUUAUACGACGACCCAAUUCCCUGGCCGAAAGUUGAAAUGGGCAAGGAAUUGCUAUCACAAGUCGUUGAAAAGGCCGUUUCAUCCAACCUGAAUGAGAAACAACUAGUGGACCUAUUAUACCAAACCCUCGACGCCGACACCCUCCCCAAAAAUGACGGCCAGGAAUUCGAAGAAUACAUCUACCAACUCCGAAAAUCCAUCUUCAUUCCCGCAAUCGGGAGCGCAGCCUCUGAAGCCGUUCCCAAGGCCGACGCAAUCGCAAGCGCCAACUCCGAAGUCGCAAGUGAAAGUAUCGAGCAGAGCAAAACUACCGAAAAAUUGACCGCAGAAUUCAGGUCCACAGAAGCACCUACUCCCACUCCCACAUCCGCACCAAUGACCGGUAUCUAUGGCACCCAACGACAAACCAUCAUUCUUGUGGAUUGGGAGGGAAAUGUGUCGUUUCGGGAGCGUGCUUUAUGGGAUGAAGAGGGGAAUCCUAUUGAGCGAGGGAAAGGGGAUAUGAAAUUCGAGUUCACUAUUGAGGGGUGGCAUGGUAAUUGA